GUGGCAGCGGCUCCAAAAAGUAUUAAAUAAAGAAGUAAAAUCCGCUCAAAAGUAAGAUAGAAUAUGAUGGAGGGUGAAAAAAAAGUUGCGCCUUUCAGCAUAGUUAAACUUGCACUCGCCAGAGUGACUGGACGCGCGAGAUUCACUCUCUUUCUCCCGCGACAUGAAAGGUGCAUGAAAGCUAGUGAGCGCCAAAAAGAAAGAAAGGAGAGAACGGGGGAAAAAGACGAGUUGAGCCAAGAAAUAGCCUCUCCUUCCCCCUUCUCCGGAUGAAAAUUCGAAUGUCGUUCAAUAGGAAUCUACGACCAAAUCGCGAAUGGGCGAGUCCGCGACGCUCGUAUCGAACACGUUAAAAGAGAAAGACAGAGAAAAGGAGGAUAAGGAAAAGAAGACGAAAAAUAGAGAUUAUGGUGCACGAAAAAAAGAGAGAAUAGAAAUAAUUCAAAGUGUCGUGAGCAGUAUCGUUGGAAUUUUCGGUUGCUACGCUUAAUCGUGAUGAUGUUGCUCCGGAGUUCGCUCAAAAUCGUCGAAAUUUUAAUUCAUAAAAAGCCUCAAGUAAUUUGUCAACAAGCGAGGACGCAUCGCCCGGUGCGGACCGGCUAAGUUGCUCUCGUAAAAUGGCUGACGUGUGAUUUAUGCUUUUUGCUUUUCCAAACAUUCGUAUAUAUCUGUACAUGUGAAUAUAUAUAAGCGCGUUGUUUGUGUGUACAUAAAUAUACAUAUAUGCGCGGGUUUAUAAAACACUUGCAACAUAAAUAUUUCGUGGCUCGAUAAAUCGUUCGUGUUGGAGUAUAAGAAUAAAAUUUGUGUGGGAAUAAAAGACUAACGCCAGAAAAAUGCCCCGGGUCAAAGCAUCUCCAAAAAAAUGCGUCAAGACAGGGAAUUCUCAUCCCGCUGCAAACACUUGGGUUUUCCUCAUGAAAGGGGAUGGUAUUGACAGCGCGGAAAGUAAUCCCCCAGAUAUUGUAAAACUGAGACAUCCAGCAUCGAAUCAACCAGCGAUGUUCGUCUUCAGUCCAGGAGAUCUUACUGUUCAGGAAGUUUUAACAUUCGACGAGAACAAGAGGUCUUGGUUCAUCGAUGACAAUGUAAAAUCAGAUGGAAAGAUGCACCUCUCAACUCCGAUUGACCCAAUUUUUUUGGUGCUUCCGUACUUAAGAAAGGCUGUGCAAAUUUCUCCUCUGGACCAAAUUCUCAGGGAUGAGGAUUAUCCUGAAACUGGACGGUUAGCACGUUGUCAGAAUCUGAAAUUGACACUGAUCGCUGAUCGUAAAGGAGAUGAAGCGCUUCAGGCUUACAAAUUCAACGAGGAAAAAACGCUCAGCUGGUUACAAAAAAAAGUUGAAAGAGUUGCCGAAAUUCUUAGACAGAAAGGCGUCCACGUGUCUCAAGGCGCGAUUAGUGCAACUUAUGUCAAAAGUACCAGAUAUGAAAGUGCCACUGAGAAUGAAUAUUUGAGAUAUGCUCACGGAAUUGUCUCGGAAUACCUGGCCGAUGAUCUCUCAAAAAAGCUUGCCCAGUAUUUGAAUUUGUCUGAUGAGACAGAGAGUAAAAAAAGAAAGUUAACCAGUCCAAAGGAAAGCACUGUCGAUGAGAAGAGACCAAAAAAAGAAUCCCUCGACGGAGAUAAUUUACCAAGAAAUCGAGCUCUGGAUUUGACAAAACCAGAAAAGCCUCAAAAGCCACCGCCCAUAACGAAGAAAGACAUAGCAAGGCAAAAAGCUGCAGCUGGAUCGAAAAGUAUAACGAGUUUUUUCAAAAAAAAGUGAACGAAUCGCAAUGGGGAAAAAGGAAGGAAAACCGGAAUUUUUACGUUCCUAUGGAUGUUUUAAAUUUUUAACUUUAAGGUGAACUACGAAACGCAGGAGCAGGCGUUGGCACCUGAAAGAUAGACACACGUUUUUCUCGGACACGCUUGAUAUUUUGAGAAAACGAUUAGUUACACGCUGUUCUCGUUUCAGCAGAAAAACGUGUAUUUACUAUUCAGUUACCAACCCUCCACUGUCGCAACUAUAGAUCACCUUCAAACAGACAACAUUUUGAAAAGUCGCGAUGUUUUAUUAUUGCUCAAAAAUAUUUAUAGCGAGUUGAGAGAAGAAUGAGCCUUGUUUUAUCUUUUUUUACAUUAAACUUUAGAAUCGAAUAUUAGGAAAAAAAGGAACUGUUUGGUUUUUUUUUCCUCUGCGCUUGAUGCUGUCCAAAAACAUGGAGGAAUAAAAAUUUAUGAGAAACGCGAUAGGAUCGAAUAAUUGUCAGCUUUCAUGUAAAUAAUUGAAAAACAAUUUAGCGUUAAUGUGGUUGAAAAUGCGAAAAGAAAUACGAUUCUUCGCGUACUUAAUCGUCAUAAUUAAGAGACGUUCCGAUUAUUUAUCAAAUUUAUCCGUCGAAUGUAACCCUUGAGGAUCAUCGUCUUUGGACAAUCGCCUCGUUAUCAUAGAUUUUAAUGUAAAAUAUAUACAUACAACGUAAACAAAAAAAAAUUACAACAUCA